CAGAUUUGCAUCAAUGAAAAUGUAGAACCAUGAACGCAUCGGCACCAACGUCUCCGCUUCAUGUGGAGUCUGCGCAGCUGCCAAAAGUGUACCCGCUCCAACUGGGCCUCGCUUAUUUGUUGCUUGUCGGGUAUUUGGCAAGGACGCUUUUCGUCAGCCUGAAUCUGCCGGCUUCAGUUGGUGUCAUACUCACCGGAUGGAGCUUCAGCUACUUCAUUCAGGAUGACAUCUUCUACGGCAGGGACAUGCUGCAAGAGUUGGCGUUUUUCCUUGUGUUGCUGACUGCUGGGUUGGGGAUUUCCAUCUCGAGCCUCAAAACCCAUCUCUUCGUCUUGGCGUGGCUGCCUGCGACGCUGGAGCUGCUGGCGAUCGCGGCCUUUGCGUCCUGGCACUUGGGCUUCACCCUGGCGGAGGGACUCAACCUGGGGACGGUGCUGGUGGGCAUUGGCGAUGGCCUGGUGAUUCCAAAGAUGAAAGAGUUCAGCUGUCGCUUUCCGCAGCACCCCAUGCCGUACCUCAUGCUCUGCUGGGCACCCUUGGAGGCAAGCUUCGCGCUCACGCUCUUCGGCGUGUUCACGGCAGUCUCCGCUCCCGCGAGCAUGCCGGACCUGAACAUACUUGUGCUCAUUUUCUUGACUUGCAUGCGAAUAGCGGCGACGGUCGUCGUCGGCGCGUUCCUGGGGAAGGCUGCGGGCUACCUCAUCCACCACCGCAAGGAGGUGAAGCUUUUUGGUCAGCCCGUGUUUCUAAAUCAGCCGGUGGAAGCAUUUCUGAUGCUUCUGUCGGUGGCUUUGUGUGCCUACGGCCUGGGCAGCCCAUCAAGGGGAAACCCGAUCUCCAUGUUUGGCCUGGGCCCUCUCUUCCAGGCGGAGCUCAUGGUGAUUGUCACUGGCUCCACCUUUGCGGACUACUGCGACGAGCACUGCGCGGACCUCCUGCUGGAGGUUGAAGUCAUCAUGGGGGGCGUGUGGGUGUUUGGCCAGCUUGUACUUUUCUCCAUGCUCGGUAGCAAGACCAGUGCAUCCGUCUUCCCAAACCUUGUCACGGUGCUUCCGAUCAUGGGAGUGGGGCUUUUGGCCCGCUUCAUCGGCGUUCUUGCUGGAGUCAUUGGCACUCGGAAUGACCGCGGUGUCUCUCAGCAAGGAAUGUGCGGGUUGCUGGCCGAUGCCUUCUUUUGCUUCCUGGCCUGUCUGCCGCGGGCGACGAUCCAAGGGGCUCUUGGGGCUGUGCCGGUGAACCAGCGCUUCUUCCAGGACGUGGCAGAGCAGGAAGAUCGGAGUGAGGCGCGGGAGUUCAUCUUCACGGCGGCGCGGCUCUAUAUCUUUUGUAUGUCGAUCUUCGGCAUGUUCAUGCUGAACACUUUCGGCCCAAAGAUGCUGGAGGCCGGCAGGGAGCGCCCUGCCGAAGAAGACUUCCUAAACUCUACAGAAAUCGGUGAGCCAGAGCCGGAAGUGAACGGCCGGGUGGCGGAUGCUGCGAAGACUCUGGGUAAGGAGUUUCACCUUGAGCACAAGCACGUGCUGGAACUGCUGGGUCGGCCUGAGCGCCACCCGGCCCAGCCCAAGCUGCUCUCCAAGCGGACGGGCUCCAGCUUCGGGCUGCAAAGCGUGCCAGAAGCAGAGGCUUGGCAGGACCUCGGCGUGCAGAAUGAUACGCCUAUGUCCUCGCCCACGCACUCCAUGCUGAGCAUGUCGAAGCUCGUGGAGGACGACGAUGCGGGCUUCCUGCGGGGCCGGGCGCACUCGGAGCCCAUUUCUCCACCCAGCAGAGGGAAGCCUGCUCUCCUGCGACGUCAUGAGAAAAGGAUGGAAAUCUUGACGCAGUUCGAGUCAAGAGGUCUUCCAGAUCCCAUCAGUGACAGGCCCCAGGAGAAUGAGGAGUCUGACGAAGGUGAAGAGAGGAUCAGCAGAACUCUUCGAGCCCAGUCAGCCUUGUGAUCCCCGUUUCAUUUUGAAUUUUCAUGGACGCAUGGUCGCCGUGUUCGUGUUUGUUGUUUGUUUCUCUCUUGGAGAACUUUGCA